GGGCGGAGCCUGGACGGAGGUGGCGCCUGGGGCUCAGCCCAAUUUUCCGGGUGAGGCUCGAGGGGCGGCCGCGGAGGCGGGGCCUAGAGCACGGAGCCUCGCUCUCCGCCCGAACCUGGCGAGAGACCCCGCCGCAGCCUGAGCCGCCGGGAGCCGGAGCUGGCGCGGAGGCCCUGCCGGAGCCGAGCUGAGUCGAGCUCGCCGCCUGACACCGGCCGCAGCGCAGGCCGGCGCGUCAGCCCGCCGCAGGGUCUGGGCACUGUCGGAGGUAGCGAGCCCGUCCACCGGGACCACCGGCACCACCGGGCGCGGGAGCCCGGAUCGCCCUUGCAGGCCUGGCCUGAGCACGCUGGAGGACCUGGGGUUUGGACUGAAGAGAAAAGGGAUGGAGGAUUACAUGUAACCAUAGCGUGGGCACUAGAAGGGGAGAAGAGUGGAGACUUCGCCUGGCACGGGGCAGAGGUGCCCGGCGCUUACUAGGCCAGGCUUGAGCACCAGGGAGCUUGGCAUCCCAGCAGAAGCGACCUAGGCUCUGCCCUGCCUGAGCCGGGGACACAGCAUAGCUCUUGGACCUCGGCUGUCGUAGGCCGGGCACAAGAAGCAGUGUCCUCACCUGAGACCGAGCGGGAUCUACAGUGGGGCUCUCUGGUGGCCCAGAGCUGGUCGCUGGGGAGCCGGCCUCCUGACCCGGCCCCACUGGUACGGAUGUGCCGCUGCCCGCGGGAGCGCCAUGACGGCAGGAUGACCUCAGCUGAGGCAGUGGCGGUGGCUGGCGGUGCUCGGUGGGCCGGGAUCCCCCAGUGGCCCCCUGACACCCCGCAGGCGCUGCGGCGGCCUGGCCGGGCCUGGGUGGCCGUGGCAGCGCUGGUGUGGCUACUGGCGGGAGCCAGCAUGUCGAGCCUCAACAAGUGGAUUUUCACGGUGCACGGCUUCGGGCGGCCCCUGCUGCUCUCGGCACUGCACAUGCUGGCAGCUGCGCUGGCAUGCCACCCGGGGGCACGGCGCCCCAUGCCCGGCCGCACACGCCGCCAAGUGCUGCUGCUCAGCCUCACUUUGGGCGCCUCGAUGGCCUGUGGCAAUGUGGGCCUGAGCGCUGUGCCCCUGGACCUGGCGCAGCUGGCCACCACCACCACGCCACUGAUCACGCUGGCCCUGUCCGCGCUGCUGCUCGGCCGCCGCCACCACCCACUGCAGUUCGCCGCCAUGGGCCCGCUCUGCCUGGGGGCCGCCUGCAGCCUGGCGGGAGAGCUCCGGACACCCCCAGCUGGCUGUGGUUUCCUGCUGGCGGCCACCUGCCUCCGUGGGCUCAAGUCCAUCCAGCAGAGUGCCCUGCUGCAGGAGGAGAGGCUGGAUGCGGUGACCCUGCUGUAUGCCACCUCGCUGCCCAGCUUCUGCCUGCUGGCAGGCGCGGCCCUGGUGCUGGAGGCUGGCGUGGCACCGCCGCCCGCCCCCACCGACUCCCGCCUCUGGGUCUGUAUCCUGCUCAGCUGCCUCCUGUCUGUGCUCUACAACCUGGCCAGCUUCUCCCUGCUGGCCCUCACCUCGGCCCUCACUGUCCACGUCCUGGGCAACCUCACUGUCGUGGGCAACCUCAUCCUUUCCCGGCUCCUGUUUGGCAGCCGCCUCAGCACCCUCAGCUAUGUGGGCAUUGCGCUUACCCUUUCAGGAAUGUUCCUUUACCACAACUGCGAGUUCGUGGCUUCUUGGGCUGCCCGCCGGGGCUUCUGGCGGAGAGACCAGCCUGGCAAGGGUCUCUGAGACCUGAGGGAGCACAGGGACCACGCGGGACUGCCUCAGCCUGAAUCCAGCCUUGGCCCGUGGCCAUGGGAAAACGGGGAGAGUGGGCAGCCUCUGGGGCUGUCGGGGGAGAUGGGUCUUCCUGCAGGGCCACCUUGGAGGCUGGAAUGGGGACUCCCAGAGAGACCCACCUCCUGUCCCUGCCUGCCUCUCCUCAUCACAGACCCCACUCACCACUGGAUGGUGGGUCCAAGCCCGGCACAGUCACUGUGCUUGUCAGAGUAAUUAUUACGAUUAGUAUCAACUACUACGCCGAAAACUGCUGGCCAAACUUUGAAAACCUCACCAUGUUCUAAUGAUGAAGAUGAUGAUGAUGGUGAUGAUGAUGAUGAUGAUUCUUGGGGGGUCGCACAAUCCUUCCUCCAAGAAAUUGGGGAGGCAGCUAGGAGGCCCAGGGAAGGGCUUCUUUGCUGCUGGGCUUCCCUAGGGAGUUGGGGUCGUCUGUGCCAACUCCAGGCAGCUGCUGUGGCCUCAGCCCUGGGCCCCCCAAUUUUGGGUCUUCCGUCCUCAAAUAAACUAUUUUUGCUUGUA